AUGCUGAACCUUUUUCUGCCUUUCCCUCUACAGAAGAGAAGCAAGUUGCACUAUCAUAUUGCUGUCAUCAUCAACUACCUCGGGCACUGCAUUUCCCUGGCAGCACUGAUAGCUGCUUUUGUCCUCUUCAUGCGCCUGAGGAGCAUCCGGUGCCUACGAAACAUUAUCCACUGGAACCUGAUCACUGCCUUCAUUUUGCGGAACGCCACGUGGUUUGUGGUCCAGCUCACCAUGAAUCCAGAAGUCCAUGAAAGCAAUGUGCCCUGGUGCCGCCUUGUCACAGCUGCCUACAACUACUUCCAUGUCACCAAUUUCUUCUGGAUGUUUGGCGAGGGCUGCUACCUUCACACGGCCAUCGUCCUCACCUAUUCCACAGACAAGCUGAGGAAAUGGAUGUUCAUCUGCAUUGGCUGGUGCAUCCCUUUCCCCAUCAUCAUCGCUUGGGCCAUUGGGAAACUCUACUAUGACAACGAGAAGUGCUGGUUUGGAAAACGAGCAGGGAUUUAUACUGACUACAUCUACCAAGGUCCCAUGAUACUGGUGCUGUUGAUCAACUUUAUCUUUUUAUUCAAUAUUGUCAGAAUCCUGAUGACGAAGCUUCGGGCCUCGACCACCUCAGAGACGAUACAGUACAGAAAAGCUGUGAAGGCUACCCUUGUGCUCCUUCCUUUGCUGGGCAUUACCUACAUGCUUUUCUUCGUCAACCCCGGUGAAGAUGAAAUAUCCCGGGUAGUCUUCAUCUACUUCAACUCUGUCUUGGAGUCCUUCCAGGGCUUUUUUGUCUCUGUCUUCUACUGCUUCCUGAACAGUGAGGUUCGCUCUGCAGUCCGGAAGAGAUGGCACCGGUGGCAGGACAAGCACUCCAUCCGAGCCAGAGUUGCCAGGGCAAUGUCCAUCCCCACCUCCCCAACGCGUGUCAGCUUCCAUAGCAUCAAGCAGUCGACGGCUGAGGCUGCUGUUCUGAACCGUGGGGCCAAUACCUUUUGCUGAAGUUGUGGGACAGGACAUGACAUGACUUGCCAGCUGCAAAAGACAGGAUUUUCGUUGCCCCCCCCCCCUGGAGUUCUGGCUCAGAAAAGUCCCCAGAGAUCGU